GGCAGGUUAACAAAGACGUCUUCAAGUCGUAUGAAAUCAUCUUCACUGUCUGACCUUUCAGAAAUCUGAACAAUCACUAAGAAACAUUUAUUUCAAGGUUUUAUUCAAGUGAGACAACAAACAAAGAACAGAAAGUCAGUCUCAGGCUGCAACGGGACGGUUUAAGAACCCGUUUAGGACGGUCUCAAACUAAGACCCGGUCAGACCUCCAGAUUUAGGACGGCCUCAAACUAAGACCCGGUCAGACCUCCAGAUUUAGGACGGUCUCAAACUAAGACACGGUCAGACCUCCAGAUUUAAGACGGUCUUAAACUAAGACACGGUCAAACCUCCAGCUCCAGAUUUUAAAAGAUGUUGUUGGAAAAGUAAAGUAGGAAAGUUUGAGUGUUGUGGCUGACCUAUAGAGUUUGUGACGUCAACUCUCUGGUGAUUUUUCUCCCUGACACAGAAAAAGGAAAACUUGUUUAGCCACCGGAUUAUUUCAGAGUCUGCUUCAGGGGUCUUUCUAAAUCCCCGCCCAAUGCCUACACAGAGGGAGUUUGAUUCCCCAAAGAGUUGGAAACUCUCUGUGCAGCAUCUUCAGUUUCAUGUUAAAUUGCAUUGAUCUUAUUAAUUCAAUCAAAUCAAUUCUCCCAACACAUUUCCACUCUGUUUGCACGCUUGCGUGGAGGGUCUGCCACACGGAGCGCCGUCCAAAACCUCCAAGGGGGAGUGAGAGUGGAGCGUUAAACCCUCCAGCAGUCUGCAUCAGAGCUGCAGCUGUCCACAUAAUCAGCAUCACAGAAGACGGAGCGGCAGCGAACUUUACUCGCAGCUUUGGGAUGAAGUCUGGAUAUUACCUGUGUUACUGCAAGGACCUGGCAGGUGGGAUGGUGGUGUCAGAUAUUCAGCUCAUUUCAGACAAGGACUCCAUCCCUCAUGGUUACUGCUACAUCGCCGAGCACCUCGAGCCCAAGGCGUCGGUUACCAAGAAGAAGCGUGUGUGUGUACGUGUGGUCCCCGUGGGCAGCGUGGACACAGCUGUGCUGGACAUCAAACUGACGGCCAAAAGCAAAAUGAUGCUGCAGCACUACACAUACGUGGGAGACGUCCAUGGCUAUGUGCUGUGGUGCAGGAAGGGUUAUUUUUCAAGCCCCCUGCCCAAAGCGAAGCCCCGCAGCGUCAGCCUGGACAUCCGCGGACUCUCCCUGGACCAGCCCCCUGCCACCCUGCCCCUGAGACCCAGCAACCCUCCUCCUCCGCUGCCACAGAACAAGAUAAGUCAGAGACGUCGCAGCCUCCACACCAAAGACACCCAGGACAAACCUGUAGACAGCAGCGUCCAGGGAAUCACAGCUCUAGACGGAGUUCCCUUCAGCCUCCAUCCAAAGUUUGACGUCCAGACAAACAGCCCUGCGCUUCAGGUGAACUCUCAACUGAAUAACAUUCGGAUCAAGUCUCUGCAAGACAUCGAAAACGAGUAUCACUACGCCUUUGCUGUGGAGGAAAACGCUGCCAAGAGGACCAGACCGUCAAUAGGAGAAACCCUGUCAGAGCAGUGACCUUUGAACCCUGACAAAGCUUUGUUACUCCACCUCACAUCACGGUGAUGAUGAAGGAUGAUGCUGCCCACAUGUUGGCCUGUAAGAUUAGACUUCACAUGGAUUCAAAUGGUGAAUCAGAACGCCGGUUUAAAGGUCACAGAAAGGCACGUCUGUUUCCACUCAGACAAUCAGCAUUUAUAAUGUGUCUGUUUCUCAUGCAACAUCUUCCUCUCCAUUCCUGCUGUUAUAUCAUGAAGUCUUCAAGCAUUCCUGCUCCAAAGGAAACAUGUGUGAUUUAAUGAUUCUAUAUGUUCUGUUUCUGAUCUGCAUCAUCGACCUCUAACGACUCAUUAAAGCUGCUGCUCAUAAAACAGAUUGAAGCCUCAGAUAAAGACACCAUCACGUUAUCAUACAUGUCUGUCGCCCCCUACUGUUAGGACAUGGCGUUACACGCUGAGAUGAACUGCACGCUGCAGAAACAUUCUUCUUGAAAAACAUAUUUAGGCACUACAGAAUUUUUGAGUUGCAUGCAUUAUAGGAGCAGUAUGUAACUCUGACCUCUAGUGUUUAAAAUGGGUACUGCAGUCUAAAUUCUAAACAUUGUAGAGAGCUGUCUCCCCCGCCCCCUCCUCUCUAGAGUCAAUGCUCACACAGGUUGCCAUGUGGUGAACGCUGAAGCUUCAGUGUUUAGCCAGCUCUGCAUCGGUCUGUAAACCUUUCUGCAUUCUAACCUCUCUCCAUUUUUCAAAAGCAUCUCCAAUAUUGAUCCUAGUUUGAGCACGUUUCUGCUCGUGGAGCUUAUAUAUAUAUAUAUAUAUAUAUAUAUCCUAAAAAUUCCUCACAGGAGCUUAAAAACUAAAUGUAUCAUGUUUGAAACAUGUCAUCAUGUCAUGAAGAUGAUCCUACCACCGAAGAGGUUUGAACCCAUUGAGUUCUACAAACCUUUAACCAGCUGACUUGAGAACAGCUGUUCUUAAAUCAGCUGUUAUUAGAACAGCUGUUUUAGUGACAGCUGAGUCGCGGUGAAUGAGCUGAGUCGCGGUGAAUGAGCGUUGCUGCAGAUGAUAAACGGACCUCGUUACACUAACAUAUCUAAAUGUUUGAUGGAGGUGAUUUCCUGUAUGAAGAGAAGCCUUCGUUACAGCUUUGUACUUAAACCUAUUUAUCUUUCUGAGGGAGGGAGGGAGGGGGGUGGGUGUUUCUUCUCAUAUUUAAACUGACAUGUUGGAAACAGGGAAAUGUUAUUAUGUUGUUUUUUAAUUGUCAGGCCAAAUAUUUAUCUGCAUUAGUGUACACUUUAUAAAGUUUAUUGUUUUUAUACCAAACUUUUAAUGCAUGGAGAAAUAAAAACAUACGAAACACA